AUGAGUCAUUAUGUCAACAAAUAUACAUCCAACAAGAAGGUUUGUUAUGGAUGUAAUGAAGAGGGAAAUAUUGCAAAAGACUGUUUGAAGAAGAAGGAGGCUGCAAGGCCUAAUGUGCCACCAAGGCCUAAGGCAAGAGCAUUCCAGAUGACACUAGAAGCAGCAAGGGAGGAAGCAGAUGUCGCUUCAAGUACUUUUCUCGUAAAUGGAUCGUCUGCCAAUAUUUUAUUUGAUUCCGGAUCUAAGUACUCCUUUAUUUUGCAUAAAUUUGGUAGAAUACUAGCAUUGCCUGUAGAUAGACUAGAUAGUGCUCUAGUAGUAGAGGUAGCUAGUGGAAAAUUCAUACCUGUUAGUGAAUGCAUUAGGAAUAUCAUCAUCAACUUGAAUGAGAAUAUAUUCCAUGAGUAA